CGCCAGAUCUCCCGUUUUGCCCCUGGACAUUCGCGGCCUCUGGCUUCCUUGGGCUUUCUCCACUGCCGGCUCGCCAUCUUGCAUCUCCCAUCCCAUCUCGUCCCUUCAUCUCGACCAUCCAGCACCAUGCAGUGGCCAUACUCUAUCGAGGUCCCCGACGCCCCGGAGAUUCCCGGCGAGGGCAAGCCCCGUCUCAGUCCCUUUGGUGAGGGUGUCCUCAUCUCCGAGCUUCCCAACACAAAGUCAAUCUACGAGAACUUCCUGAACGGCCGCAAGAUCGGCGGCGACAAGCCUUUCCUCGGCCGGCGUAUCGUCGUUGACGGCGUCGCUGGUCCCUAUGUCUGGGAGACUUAUGACGAGGUCUAUGAACGCAUCAACAACAUGGGAGCUGGUUUCAGACAGAUCACUGACGAGAAGAAGGCCAACAUUGGUAUCUUCUCGAUCAACCGACCUGAAUGGAUCAUCACAGAGUACGCCUGUUUUGUUCGCAACUUUGUGACCGUUCCUCUCUACGAUACUCUCGGAACCGAUGCCAUCAAGUUCAUCUGCAACCAGUCCAAGCUCUCCAUCGUUGCCGCCACCAAGGAUAAGGCUCUGAGUCUGCUCAAGAUCAAGGCCCACCUGCAUCAUCUCAAGUGGAUCAUUCUUCUGGACGAGUCCGACGAAGCGGUCGAGAAACUCGCGCACGAACACGGAGUCAAGACAAUCACCAUUGUCGAGCUCGAGCGCCUCGGAUCCGAGAACAAGGUCGAGCCUGAGCUCCCUGGUCUCGAUGACAUUGCCGUUAUCUCUUAUACCAGUGGAACAACCGGUACCCCCAAGGGCGCCGUGGUUACUCACCGAGGAAUGCUUGCCUUCACGGCCUCCCGAGACGUCCUGCUCAAGACCGGCCACAUGUACAACUUCACUUCCGACGACGUUUACAUCUCAUACCUGCCCCUGGCCCACGUCUACGAGCGCGUCGUGCAGUCUAAUCUCAUUGGCCUCGGCGCCCGCAUCGGCUUCUUCCAAGGCGAUACUCUCAAGCUCCUUGACGACGUGGCCGAGCUGAAGCCGACGAUCUUUGCCAGUGUUCCUCGCCUGUACAACCGCAUCUACGCCAAGGUUAUGGAAAGCGUCAAGGAAAGGGGUGGCAUUGCCGAGACUCUCUUCAACUUUGCCUAUGCUGCCAAGAAGCACCACCUGGCCAGCGGCUACAGCACGCAUUUCCUGUGGGAUCGCCUGGUCUUUGGCAGCGUCCGUGCUCGACUUGGCGGUCGUGUCAAGGUCAUGCUCACCGGCGCCGCUCCUAUUGGAGCUGAUGUUGUCGAUUUCCUGCGCAUCUGCUUCUCGUGCGAUCUGUACCAGGGCUACGGAUCAACCGAAACCGCUGCCGCCAUUUCCUGUACCGAUCCUCUCGAUCUCACCAGCGGACACCUGGGCUCGCCUCAUGUCUGUGUCGAGAUCAAGCUUGUCGAUAUCCCCGAGAUGGACUACUUCUCGACCGACAGCCCGAACCCUCGUGGCGAAAUCUGUGUCCGAGGCGCCUCGGUCAUGACUCACUACUACGAGGAGCCCGAAAAGACUGCCGAGGCCAUUGACAAAGACGGCUGGUUCCACACCGGCGAUGUUGGUGCCUGGGACGAGCAGGGCCGUCUGCUGAUCAUCGACCGUCUCAAGAACAUCUUCAAGCUCGCUCAGGGCGAAUACAUUGCCCCCGAAAAGAUUGAAAUCGAGUACUCCAAGCACGCUAUCAUUGCCCAAGCCUUUGUCCACGGCGAUUCGCUCCGCUCCAGCCUCGUCGGCAUUAUUGUUCCGGACGAAGAGCAGUUCAUGAAGUGGGCUGCUGAGCACGGAUUCGAAGACAAGGCUUUUGCCGAGCUCUGUGCCGACGAUGCUGUGCGCAAGGCUGUUGUCAAGACCCUCUCGGACUUUGGUCGUGCCAACGGCCUGAAGGGCUUCGAAUGCAUCCGCAACGUGUACCUCGAGACCAGCCCCUUCUCGGCCGAAAAGGACCUGCUCACUCCGACUUUCAAGCUCAAGCGACACCAAGCCAAGAUCUAUUACGAGAAGCAGAUCCACGAGAUGUACGAGUCCAUGCGCGAGUCUGCCUAGUGGCCGGCUUCCCAGCACUGUCCGCAGCACCUGCAAAAUGUACCUGGGCAUCCUGUUUAUUUUGUGUUUUUGAGGAUCUUGUACGCUUUUUCCUGUAUCAUACAGCGCCCACAAGUGAUAUGGGACAUCUCGUUUUCGUUUUCAAUUGUUUCUCUUCCGGGUGGGAAUACACACAUCCAUCGUCCCAACGAACACCCGCCCAGUGGCGGCAGGACAUGAGUAUGCGUUCGCCCGUAUAAUUGGUGUCGAUAAUACCACGUUUUGCACGGAUCUGUCCGGCUGUUGGGUGAAUGCACCAUGACAGGCGUUUGUGCCAG